AUGACAAAUGUGUGGUUCAAAAACCGGCGGGCCAAGUGGCGGAAACGGGAGCGGAACCAGCAGGCGGAGCUGUGCAAGAACGGCUUCGGCGCGCAGUUCAACGGACUCAUGCAGCCCUACGACGACAUGUACACGGGCUACUCCUACAACAACUGGGCCACCAAGAGCCUGGCCAGCAGCCCGCUCUCCGCCAAGAGCUUCCCGUUCUUUAACUCCAUGAAUGUAAGCCCCCUCUCGUCCCAACCCAUGUUCUCCCCGCCCAGCUCCAUCCCCUCUAUGAACAUGGCCUCCAGCAUGGUUCCCUCGGCAGUGGCCGGAGUCCCCACCUCGGGCCUCAACAACCUGGGCAACCUCAACAACCUCAACGGGCCCGCCGGGCUCAACUCGGUGGCGGUUACCGCGGCAACCUGUCCCUACGCCCCCUCGGCGGGGCCCUACAUGUACAGAGAUACCUGCAACUCCAGCCUGGCCAGCCUGCGGCUCAAGGCCAAGCAGCACACCAACUUCGCCUACCCCGCCGUGCAGAACCCCGUGUCCAACCUGAGCCCCUGCCAAUACGCGGUGGACCGGCCAGUAUGA